GAGACUCAACGUCCUGCGUUCCCAUCGACGACCGCUAACCUCACACCACGGUCAAUUGUUUAGUUGUUCGGAAUAGUUCAAGAGCGACGAUACGACGGACGCGCGUGCGCUGUUGGAUUGUCAACCCACCCCAGAAAGAAUGGCGACACCACCACCAAACAUGUGGGCGGCGUCAUCACCCCAUCAUGCUGCUGCUCAGCCAGCGGCGAGUACAUCAGAAGAAUCGGGCCUACAGGUGAGGCCAAUGGGACUCAAGGUUCAUUACUCCUUUGAUCGCGAUAAUCAGGUGCACUGCUUGGCGCGGUGGCAUCACAUCCUCCAAAUCCAGACCAUGCCACUCGACGAAAAGACCACUAUCGGCGUGGUAGACUUGCGGACCUGUCUCCAGGCGGUCUCACAGAGCAGCCCUGAGAUCUUGAACCAGCAAGAUAACGAUUUCAGCGUGUAUGCGUACGACUACUCCGAGCCCGAGGUGCCUCUUGUAGGGCAGGGCCUGCUCUCGUUGAUUAUGGAUCAACAGCGCGGGCCUGAACAACAAUCGGUCACAGGCCGUGUCACGAGGAACCUCCUUGCACUCCUCAACGGCGGAAGCCGGGAUACGCUGGAGGUGAAGCUGAAGUUUGCAACCGUGGCAAAGAUCGCACAACGCACGGACUACCCCAGCAUGGCGCCUGCAAAUGGGACGAGAGCUACGUCAUUUCCGGCCGAGGCGGUGUCGGAAUGGAACUCGUUCAUCCAAUCUAACACCACCAUGGGGAAUGUCUCCUCCAACCUCAGUCUCAGCAACGUCUCUUCGCCCGCCCUCGCGCCAGCCCAGCUCAGCCAGCACAACCCCUCGACGGUUGAGAGUAGGCCGAUGGGAACACGGAGCGACAGUCAGCCGCCACAAUCGAUCCAGCCGGCUACCAUCCCCCCUUCGAACGCCCCGUCACCUGCUGCGGUCCCGCCAACAAGCAGGCCUCCCAGUGCAGCACCGAUCCCUGCGAGGCCUCAAGGGUCGGCAGAUAACGCGCCAUCACCCGCGGCUUCCCAAACCGUAGAGCCUGCGCCGAAACCCCGCCCUUCCAAGCCCUCGAGAUCGCGGAGCAAACAACCGACCGGCAGGCCGCGGGGACGGCCCAGGAAAAGGCCCCUGGAAACCGGUAACACAUCGGCAGUCGAGGAGGGCACGGAUGGCGACGAUGGGCCUAACAAGAGGAGGGCGAAGGUCACCACCAAAACCGAGUACAGCCCGAUUGCUCCGUUUGGCGUUUCUCUGGACUCCCUCAGGGUGGCUGCUAGCACCGCCGGUUCCCUGCGUAAUAUGAGACCCGUUAGGGCUGGGGGACCCGCUGCCAACCACCUUCAGGACAUUCCACGGGCACCCACGCCCAUUCCAGGCGCGCAGAUGUUGCACCAGCAGCAGCGGAGAAGAGCAUUGGCGAACCAGGCGAAGGCGCAACACAUGAACCAGAUGGACCAGGCGGGGUCUGACAGGGCAACCAUGCAAAAUGGGAGCCAGGAUGCUCGAUCGCCUGCGGAUUCGAAUGGCCAUUCGCCCGACCAUGGUUAUCUACCGGAGGACAGCGCUGGAGACCUGAAUUCCUCGCCGCCCGUCCCACGGACAACCCCGUACAUCCGAUCCAGCCCCCUGGACUCGAGCCCGGUCCUUUCCGCCAUGCCGAUGCCAUCGAUUGACUCGGGCUUCAUGAGCGGUGGGCUAGAGGAUAUCUUUGACGAGGGAGUGUUGCAGCAUUUUGGGCAGGGGCAAAUGCAGGACCAGAUGCUCCCUGUCCCUUCUCCCCACGUCUCAAGCAAAACGAUACCCCGAAAAAACGGCCGUUCUCAACCGCAAUCACAACAACAUCAACAGCAACAGCAGCCGAGUAACUUCCCGUUCCAGGAAGUCAACCCUGGGCCACCAGAACUGUUGCCCACCAAGAGCCUAUUCAACCCUGCCGGCAAGGCCAAGACUUUGAACCGACAAACACCCCCGGCUCAGCCUGUGCCUAAGAAGCCGGCAAGCCGCCCUUUCAAACGAUCGCAAACUGCCCCAAACCCGGCUACGUCCGAGCAGGACCCAGCCGCACAAGAAAACCCAGCGUACCACGCGGACGGAAACGGCCUGUCACAGGAUGCUGCACAGCACCAGCCGUUUCAGGAGCAGCCGUCCUUCAAUGCGCUCGAUUCGAUGCAACUCACCGGAAACGAUGCGGAGAAUGGGUACCCGGGGACCUUCCCCCAAGAGCCUCUCACGGUAGCUGCAAUGCCCAUGCCGAUCCCCGAACGCCCGGGAUCCCAGCCUUCGUUACCCGUGCAGACUCAGUCGCCGUCGAGACCGCCGUCAAGACCACCGUCGAGACCUGCUUCGAGAGAUGCCCCAGUCACAAAUGCUCAGGGCUCGGCGACCGCAACAAGCGAGCCGGCCCCGGAAGCUUUCCUAACCCUGCCCCGCGCAGUAGCGUCCGAACCGCCGUGUCCCCCGAGCGAUCUCGACCCCCCGCGAUACAGCAAAAAUCUGGUUAAAAAACAGUCCAUCAAAGAGAAACUCGAGAGCGCGAUUUUGAGGGGAGAGUCGCCUCCCUUCUGCAGUAAUUGUGGCGCCAUCGAGACGCCGACAUGGCGCAAAAUUUGGACGCAGGACCGUGAUGAAGACCCCGGCUUUCACGAAUUUUCAGAAAAGCAGGGUUGCGUAACAAUGAUAGAGGUCCUGGAGAGGGAUGAAGACGAGAAACCCGCCAAGUACAGAAUAGUCAAAAAGAGCCUUGGCUCGAAGGACGACAAGCAGAAAUGGACAGAAACCCUGCUCUGCAAUCCCUGUGGCAUCUGGUUGGGAAAGUUCAAGGGACAUCGGCCGCCUGACCGGUGGGACAAGGAUGCUGCUCGGCUCAACCAACCGCGGAGGAAGCGCGAGCCCAAGGGAAACGCGAAGUCGAAGAAGGGCCGCACAAAGAGCGAUGCCCAGGUCAACUCCGAUGCCUCGGGAGCGUUUUUCGCCACGGACCCGAUCGGGUCGGUAGACCAGGAUUUCUUUAUGGACAACUAUGAAAACGAAACUCAGUCGCGCCAACAGAGCGCCACAAUAGCUGACGAACAGCGUUUAAAUUUGCAGAGCUCCCCGAGACAGCGUUUCUUGGGAUCGACUCACUCGCGGGGGAGUGGAACUGCCGACAGCCCCAUUGCAGUUGAGGACGAACUGGGCAGCACGAGGAGGCUGCUCUUCCCGUCACCCAGGAGGGAUGGGACACCCAGGGUUCUUGGGGAGCUUUCGCUUAACACGACGCAAGCAGGUACACACGGAUCGGAGGCGAAGUCGGCAGCAGUAGGGAAGGAAAACGAUGGACACCAGGAGCGCCAAGGCACUCCGAUUCCCGAAGACGAACUUGAACAAGAACUCUUCGGGACGCCUCCCCGAUGCCCUUCCACACCGCCUCCCAAGGCCGCAGCAGGUCCGUUCAAGACACCGACCCGCCCAACACCGAGCCACCGCCCGAUCACGCGGAGCAUCUCCCGAUCGAUCCGCUCUAGCAGGAGCAUUCCCAAGUCACCAGGCCAGCUCUUUGCCGGCCACCACCUCCAGCAGACGCCGACCAAAACCCCACGCUCCUCGGGCGGUUUCCUCCACCCCAGCAGCGCCAGCAGGCGCCGCACCCCCCGCAGCGGCGGCAACGCCGCCCACCACGCCCACUUCGCGCUCGACGCCGCCGACCACAACCAGCUGCCCAUGGCCAUGGGCCUGCAGAUGCCCAUGCCGUUCGACUCGCCCUUCACCGCCACCCUGCACCAGCUGCUGAGCGAGGCUAACGACUUCAUCGGCGGCGGCGGCGGCGGCGGGUCGCCCUCCCGCCAAGGGGGCGCCGCCACAACCGCAGCAGGAGUGGCCCCGUCGUCGGUGGGCGAUCUCGGCCUCGGCCACCUCGACGUCGGCGUCGGAGGCGCCGACUUUGGCAACUUCUUGGGCACUGACCUGGUCAUGCCGAGCAGUCCGCCUCUGUUGAGGGGCGGCCGGACUGGUGGUGGUGGUCGUGGUGUGGGGGAGCAAUUUGGGGGGGCGUUGCAGGAUGGGGGGAUGUGGGAUCAGCAGCCGAUGGGCGGUGAUGGGGGAGUGGAGGGUGGGAGGUGAAGAGAUUGUGGUUGUAUUUGUUUUGUUGGGAUUUGAUUUGUGCGCCCUUUUCUUGUCUUUGCUGGGCUGCAGUCUAGGCUGGGCUAUGGUGCGGGGAUACCACAAGCGGGCUUUUUUUUACGAAUUGUCAGACGACAUCACGAGUCAUGGUUGC